AUGCGUAUUAAUAAAGAUACAAAGGUUAUUUGCCAAGGUUUUACCGGGAAGCAAGGUACUUUUCAUUCGCAACAAGCCAUUGAAUACGGAACUAAAUUAGUUGGCGGUGUUUCCCCCAAGAAAGGAGGAACAACUCACUUAGGGUUACCUGUAUUUAACACCGUAGCAGAAGCAGCUCGCGAACUAAAACCAGAUGCAUCUGCAGUUUAUGUUCCUCCUUCUCUUGCUGCUGCCGCUAUUAUAGAAGCCAUCCGUGCCGAAAUCCCUUUAGUAGUCACGAUUACGGAAGGUAUUCCGCAGCAAGAUAUGGUUAAGGUUGUGAAAGUUUUAAAAUCCCAAAAUAAGACUCGUCUUAUAGGUCCGAAUUGUCCCGGUAUAAUUGCGCCAGGUGCUUGUAAAAUUGGAAUUAUGCCUGGUCAUAUACACAAAGUAGGAAAAGUUGGCAUAGUGUCUCGAUCCGGAACUUUGACUUACGAGGCAGUUAACCAAACUACUCAAGUAAACCUUGGACAAUCAUUGUGCAUUGGUAUUGGUGGUGAUCCGUUUAACGGGACUAACUUUAUAGAUUGUUUGAAAGUGUUUUUGGACGAUGAAGACACGAAAGGCAUUAUAUUGAUCGGGGAAAUUGGCGGUUCAGCUGAAGAGGAGGCUGCAGAAUUUCUUAAGGAACACAAUUUAGCUCGGAGCCAACCAAAACCAGUGGUAUCUUUUAUUGCUGGUUUAACUGCGCCACCUGGUCGUCGUAUGGGUCAUGCUGGAGCCAUUAUAGCUGGUGGUAAGGGUACCGCAGGUGAUAAAAUUAAGGCUUUAGAGGACGCUGGUGUAGUUGUAACUAGGAGCCCAGCCAGACUAGGUAUCACUUUGAGAGAA